GACACGACUUUUGCCGACAACCACGCCCGGUACGUAAUCACAGUACAACUCGCCGUGCUGCCAACUUUUACUAACACAACAGUUUUUAGAUUCAGAAUUCCUCACAUCUGACCUCCCGGGAACACAUACAAGAUGCCGUCCACCCGUCUUACUUACCGCCGAAGGGCUCCCUACAACACCACCAGCAACAAUGUCCGCGUGAUCAAGACCCCUGGUGGAAAGCUCCGAUACCUGCACAUCAAGAAGAAGGGCACGGCUCCCAAGUGCGGUGACUGUGGCAACAAGCUUCCCGGUGUUCCCGCUCUCCGUCCCCGCGAGUACGCCACCGUUUCCCGCCCCAAGAAGACCGUCCAGCGCGCCUACGGUGGUUCGCGAUGCGCCAACUGCGUCCAGGACCGCAUUGUCCGUGCUUUCUUGAUUGAGGAGCAAAAGGUCGUCAAGAAGGUGCUCAAGGAGUCGCAGCAGAAGAAGCGUUAAGAGUGGGAUUGAUGGUGAAGGAUCGAAGAUGGGUGUCGAAAACUGGUCAAUC